GCUCGGCUUUUGCGCUGCCACUCGCCGUCGCUCUGGUUGCCGUCCCGGACCAACGCAACCAAACCUUCCCUUCCAUCCCCCGCGAGCGAAGUCGCCGAGUCAACAACAUCCGGCACCGGCGGCGCCUAACCCUCCCUCCUCCUCAUCCUCCAAAUUCCAAAAACCCAGCUAGGCUCGCGCUCGCGGCGAACCCUAAUGGUGGCGCAGGGGAUAGCGGAGGCCCUGCAGGCCUACACGGGCCUCACGCCGGGGGCCGCCGCCACCAUCCUCGCCCUCAUGCUCGCGACCUACCUCCUCGUCUCCUCCCUCUUCGUCGCCCCCGCCGCCCCCUCCCCCGCGGCGCCUCCCAAGCAGCCCGAGCAGCAGCGGGAGGAGGAGAGGAAGGGGAAGGAGCAGGAAGAGGAGGAGGAGGCACCGAUGCCCUUCGUGUUUCCGGACCCCGUCGAGGUCGGCGAGGUCACCCUCGAGCAGCUCAGGGCGUACGACGGCAAGGACCCCGCCAAGCAGAUCCUCAUCGCCAUCUGCGGCCAGGUCUACGACGUCUCGCGCGGGAGGCUCUUUUAUGGCCCUCAGGGACCAUACUCCUUGUUUGCCGGGAGGGAUGCAACCCGGGCCCUGGCAUUGAUGUCAUUUGACCCUAAUGACCUCACCGGGGAUUUGGACGGCCUAAGCCCCGAUGAGCUGGAGGUGUUGCAGGACUGGGAGGAAAAAUUCAAGGAGAGGUACCCGAGGGUGGGUCACCUUGCCUGUCAAGACGCAGCAGGCAGUGGCCGCCGCAACGCCGCUCAGCCUGACCACGAGGACGGAGGGGACGCCUAAGGCCUAACUCCAUCGUCGGUUUGCAGUUUGCUUCGUCCCCAGUUUUCUUCUCACUGGAUCCCAGGCGGUAGAUCUGAUGCGCUCACUAUAGUAGGUGGCGCUGCCCGCGUCACCGCGUGUUGUAUGUACGUGUGACUAAUGUACCUUACCUGCCCGCUUUUGUUUUGGUGGCUAGUGGAUUAGGGGGGAGGUUUUGAGUGGCAGAAUAACUCUCGAGGCUCUGAGGGAACAGCCCAUGUGUAUACUGGUGCGUGAUUUGUGUCAUGAUUCCUGGCUUUGUUGCUCGUGUAACAACGAUCCUGCUGUCAGCCAAAGCGCCAUAAUUCGCCAACGCACAGCAUAGCCCGAUUACUUUU